AUGGACCCGUCGACUAGUAGUGUCUUCUCAGCAUCCCGAUCUCGCUCCUGUACGCGUUCAGUAUCGACGGCCAUAGAUCAAGCUCCGUCAUCGUCGUCACGUUCACGCUCCCCUUCACGCGCCGCCGCCGCCGCCGCCGCCGCCGCACGGGUCCCGGUGCCUCAUCUCAACACCACGGUCACGACUCCCUCUCUCGGCGCAUUUGGACUAUCAACACCUACGCCCAGUUCGACUGGAGACGAACGAAGCCCUCUCCUCUUGCACCGCGUCAAAUCAAGUUCGAGUGGGAUACAGAACGUGCGCAAGUUGAGCGCGGCCGUGUCGGAUUACAUCUCGGGUGGGGCCCAUUCCGGUGCCGGCGCGGCUGGGCACCCCCAAGCGCUCAGUCUACAUUUCAACGACGCCCUUUCUCCCAAUGCCGACCCAGAGGGAGAGCAAUAUGAUGAAUGCGCGAGUUUGUUUUCGGAUCAGGAACAUUGGGGGAGAGGGGAUGAGGCAGAGGAAGGCAUUAGUUGGAGGGGAGGGAGGAGGAGGAAAAGUGGGAAGGGGACUCCGAGUUUGAAGGGGUAUGAUGGCGAGUUUAGGCAUGACCUGCAGGGUGAGGCGGGGAAUGGCAUCAGGCAGUGGUGCGUGAUUAUCUCGAAUUUGGUGUCGUGAGCAUGAACUGAUUUCGAAUGGCCGUCGAUGCACAGGUACGGUAAGGACAGAAUUGUGCCUUUGGGAGAAACGCUAGUGCAAGACUCUGACCUCCUGGCAAACUCUUCCCGUUGGGUGCUCUAGACAACUUUCAUACGAUCGGUCAGUUGCCCACGCGCAAUUCCGCACAAAGUCAUCAACUAACACGAACCUUUGACCUCUUAAUCAGAUUGGAUUCAUGUCAGUCCUGCACUCGCAGGGAUUCAAUUUGGGGUCGUCUCUGACUUGCCUCUGCACCAUAGGACUCGAUCAAGCACUCGUAUCGGAUGCGCAAGCUUCGACUGCGCAAACGCACCGACGGCCUGCGCGGCCAGCUCGUAAAUCUCUGGGACGGAAGCCAGGGUUGGAUAUUGGUGACCGUGAUCGGUGAGGAUCACUUGGUUAAACUUGUUCCUCGUUUGCAUGUUACUGACCCUCUGUGGUCCUACAGGAAUCCUCACCGCCUUGGUCGCCUUUAUGAUCACCUCCUCCGAGAUGCUCCUCUUUGAUCUCAAAGACGGAUACUGCGCGACCAACCCACGGCUCGCGAAACGCUUCUGCUGUCCCGUAGCUCGAAGAGGAAGGACCGGGUCCAUCUUCAGUCUCAUGUCGGUCGUGAAAGCUCCACAAGUCAAGGAGGUAGAGGAUCACUGCGCGAACUGGCGCACCUGGGCACAGGUUUGGGUCGACAAGGGCGGAUCCGAGCAUUAUGCCGAGGCUAUCGCUUACCUCGCCUUUAUUUGCAUCGCUGUAAGGUUUUUACCCAAGUAUUUCAGGCAAUCGGUGCGCUAAUCGAUCAGUAUUGGGUAUGAUGACAGGUGCUCUUCGCGGUCUUCGCUGCGACUUUGACCAUCUACCUCACAGCUUCGGACUCAGUCUACUCCUCGAAAGACUCGCCUUCGAUACCCCACCCGGGCUUUUCACCCGCCUUCCCCGCCUUGCUCUCUUCUCGCCCAGGCCUGAGUCCCUCCCCUUCCGUGUCCUUCCGCCCAGAAGACUCAUUGAGGGCCGACGACGGCAAGUUGCAACUCCCGACGCCUCGCCCUCGGAAAGUCAUGUACUUUGCCGCCGGUUCAGGUAUCCCAGAGAUCAAGACUAUACUCUCGGGCAUGGUCAUCCGAGGUUACCUCGGAACAUGGACGCUCGUUACUAAAGCUGUCGGACUCUCCUUCAGCGUUGCGUCCGGUCUCUCCCUCGGUAAAGAAGGUCCCUUGGUCCACAUCUCUUCAGCGGUUGGCAACAUCGCCUCACGUUUCUUCCCCAAGUACGAUCGCAACGAAGGUAAACGACGCGAAAUCCUCAGUGCCGCAUGUGCCGCAGGUGUCUCGGUCUCCUUUGGUGCUCCUGUAGGAGGCACGUUGUUCUCCCUCGAAGAGGUGUCGUACUUCUUUCCUUCGAGGACGAUGAUCAGGUCGUUUUGGUGCGCCAUGAUCGCGGCGAUCUCGUUGAAGAUGCUGGAUCCGUUCGGGACGGGCAAGACUGUUCUUUUUGAGGUCACCUACGACAGGGUGGGUGGUUCCUACCUUUGCAACGACAGGAACCUUCCGGGCUGAUUGUAAAAAUCGAAGUACUCACAGGACUGGCACACGUUCGAAUUAAUCGGGUUUCUCCUCCUCGGGGCUUUUGGAGGCAUCUACGGCGCUUUGUUCUGCAAAACCAACAUCUGGUGGACCCGUCGCGUCCGCAAUGGGACCUUCCUCAGAUCUCAUCCCAUCAUCGAAGUCGCUUUGGUCACCCUCAUCACCGUCGCCAUCGCUUUCUAUAACCCUUGGACCAAGAUGGGAGGCACGGAAUUCAUUUCCGAGUUGUUCUCGGAAUGUCAUAUCGAUUCAACGAAUAAGAGUGCGUUGUGUGUGGAUGUACCUGGCGAAGCAUGGGCUUUGAUUGGGAGUGUAGCCUUCGCUUUGGUUGCGAAAGCGGCGUUGACGGUCAUUACGUUUGGCAUCAAAUUACCCGUGAGUGUCACCCCUUUACCCGAUCGCUAGGCGAGCUUGCGCUGACCACCGCUUCGUCGAACCUCCUUGCAGGCCGGUAUCUUCAUUCCCACCCUCGUCGUUGGGGCCUGCACAGGCCGCAUCGCCGGCCUGCUCGUCGAAGUCCUGCACGCCCACAACCCAACCUGGACUGUAUUCGCAGCAUGUCGAACCUCGAACGAACAGGGACCUCUCCCCUUCGGCCAAGCGUGUGUUCUACCGGGUGUUUGGUCCAUGAUUGGAGCUGUUUCGGCGCUGGCGGGAGUGACGAGGACGACGGUCAGUUUGGCGGUGAUUUGUUUCGAAUUGACGUCGACGUUAGCUUGUGAGGAUUGGAGUGCGGAUUUCUGAAAGGCUGAGAGCUAGAAGCUGAUUCGCCGUGAUGGGGUGUUUGUAGAUACGGUCCCCGUUAUGCUUGGGGUCGUGGUGGCGAAAACGGUCGGCGAUGCGAUCGAACCGAGGAGUAUUUAUGACCUCGUGAUCGAGUGAGUCGGGUGUCUUCAUUCAGCAUCAUCGUUGAACCCCACUGAAACUCACGCGCUCUGUAUCACAGACUCAACGAUCUACCCUAUCUCGAUGGUGCGUCAUCUCUUUUAUUUCGAAUCGCUUCGAAGGCUUAGAAACUAACCCCUGUUUGUUCUCCACAAAGCCAAGCUCGAAUACAUUCACGAGUCCACUCCGGGCGACAUCCUCGCGUCCGACACACCUGUCAUCUCCCUCGACGAAGACAACACCUUUGGCUCCCUGCGUUCCAAACUCGCGUCCUUGUACGAACAAGGUGUAGGCGGUGGUUUCCCCAUCGUCGCUUCCGAAGAAGGGGGAGGUCAAAGGAUGUACGGCUACCUCGCUUCGAAGGAACUGGAGUUCGGUUUGGUUCGAUCCAGUCUCACGUUUUCUUCACCUACUACGCCCUGUACUUUCCGGGUCGCGUCAGCGUCAAGACAAGGGAUCUCGCUUCAGGCAUCCCGAGUCGCCACCCCCGCAGGAUGCGAUUUCUCUUGGUUGGUCGAUAUGGCACCCAUCACCGUGUCCCUGAGGUCCCCGAUGGAGUUGGUGCAUGAGUUGUUCGUCAAGUUGGGGGUAAGGUAUGUCGUCGUCGUGGAUGACAAGGGUUUGUACAAAGGGGUGAUCGAGAAGAAUCAUUAUCUGAGUUAUUUGCAGUGGUUGGAGAAGAAGGCGGUUAGAAAAUGA